UUUUGUGUUAAUUCUGCGCUCACGUCAGGAGGUGGUGCUGGUUCAGUCUUCAACGGAGUGUGCAACUACUAUGAACGGAAUGAAGCAAAAACGAUCGAAUCAGCAAAAUUUUCUCUAGCCCCCCUCGUUAUUCUCAACUCGGUUGUGUAUCGGAAUUUCGCGAAACUAUUGGAAGUGAGCUGGAAUUUUUCGUGGAACUACGGUGAACGUAAGCUAGUGACAAGAGCGCUGGAAAGUUCCUAUCGCAAAUCCUUGAUCCUUACGGAUCAAGCAAAGUUCAGUGGUACAAGGAGGAAAAAAAUCAGCCCCAAAAAUCAAGAUGGCGAGCAGCCCUCGAUAGAGAGAGAAGGAAAAAAAGAUCCUCUUUUCGCCUCCCUUUCUGUGUGUGCGGCGGUGUGUAGUGUGUCAAUCAGCAGCAGUCUGCUAAGCCAUCGAAGCAGGCAGCAGCAAAAUUCAGCUUGUUACAGUGAGUGAGAGGGUUUGAGGGUGUGAGUCAAAGGAAAAGAAAAGAAAAAAAAAACAAGUGCAUAAAGAAGGUGUAACCCCCAUUCAGUGUUUUUUUCCUCUCUGUUGUGAAGGUUUUGUGAUUGAGAAAAUUUGUCAUAUCCCAUCAUAUGUGUGUAUUUUAGUGAUCAUUGUUUUUAUUUUAUUUUAGUCAUAAGAAUUAGUUUCAAGUUUCUAUUGAAUUCUGUUCGUUUGUUGAGAAGGAUUAUACAGCAAACCAGCAAGAAAAUGUCUGAUAAAAUAAGAGUAGCCGUGCGAGUUCGACCUUUCAACCGUCGAGAACUCGAGCUCGCCACCGAGAAUGUGAUAGAAAUGAACGAUUCACAGACGAUUCUGAAGUAUCCUGCCACAUUAGAUAAGAUGGAAAGACUUCCAAAAACUCCAAAGCUGUUCGCGUUCGACCACUGCUUCUACUCGACCGACCCGAGCGCGGACAACUUUGCCUCCCAGCAGCUAGUGUUCGACCAGAUCGGGCGGGACAUUCUGGACAAUGCGUUCCAGGGCUACAAUGCGUGCAUUUUCGCCUACGGCCAGACCGGCUCCGGCAAGUCCUACACAAUGAUGGGCAACCAGGAGAACAAGGGCAUCAUCCCGAGACUGUGCGACGAACUGUUCGCCUCCAUCGCAGCCAAACAGACCGACGAGCUGAACUACAAGGUCGAGGUGUCCUACAUGGAGAUCUACAACGAGAAGGUGCACGACCUGCUCGAUCCGAAAACGAGCAAACAGUCACUGAAGGUGCGAGAACACAACGUCCUGGGACCGUACGUCGAUGGACUGUCGCAGCUGGCCGUCACAUCGUUUCUGGACAUCGACAACCUCAUGGCGGAGGGCAACAAGUCCCGGACGGUAGCCGCGACCAACAUGAACUCGGAAUCAUCUCGCUCCCAUGCGGUGUUCACGGUGGUCCUCACGCAGACCCUCAUCGACACGCUGUCCGGUGUCACAGGGGAAAAGGUAUCCCGAGUCUCGCUGGUUGAUCUGGCCGGUAGUGAGCGAGCCGUGAAAACGGGUGCCGUGGGCGAGCGACUCAAGGAGGGAUCGAACAUCAACAAAAGUUUAACCACCCUUGGCCUGGUAAUAUCGAAACUGGCCGAUCAGACUGGUGGCGGCCGGAACAAGGACAAGUUUGUACCGUACCGAGACUCGGUGCUGACCUGGUUACUCAAGGACAACCUCGGUGGCAAUUCGAAGACGGUCAUGUUGGCUACCCUUUCGCCGGCGGCAGAUAAUUACGAGGAGACACUGUCCACCCUGAGGUACGCCGAUCGAGCCAAGAGAAUUGUGAACCAUGCCGUGGUUAAUGAGGACCCUAACGCUAGAAUCAUUCGCGAACUGAGGAAAGAGGUUGAGUCGUUGCGGGAAAUGCUGAAGCAAGCGACCGGUGGAAGUGUCGGCGAUAUGAAAAGGGUUGACAUCCACGAUAAGCUGGCGGAAAGUGAAAAUCUAAUGAAACAGAUCUCGCAAACCUGGGAAGAGAAGUUGGAGAAGACGGAACAGAUACAAAGUGAGCGACAACAGGCCCUAGAAAAGAUGGGUAUCAGUGUACAGGACAGUGGCAUCAAGGUGGAAAAGAACAAGUACUAUCUUGUCAAUUUGAACGCCGAUCCCUCGUUGAAUGAGUUGCUUGUGUACUACCUGAAGGAGCAUACGCUGGUUGGUGGAAGGCUCAACGAAAACAAUAAACAACCCGACAUCCAACUGCUCGGGUUGGGUAUCCAGCCGGAACAUUGUCUCAUCACCAUAGAGGAUGGAGAGCUGUACAUGGCCCCGAUCGAGAAUGCACGCUGCUGCGUAAACGGCUCCGUGGUUACGGUAAAAACCUCACUAAAUCAUGGCGAUCGAAUCCUGUGGGGGAACCAUCACUUCUUCCGCGUAAACUGUCCAAAGUCCAACAACAACAAUAACAAUUUGUCCUCAGAACCUCAAACACCCGCUCAACACUUGGACUACUAUCAUGCUCAAGAGGAACUGAUGCAGAACGAGUUCAGCAAUAAUCCUAUCCAGGCGGCCAUUUCCCGGCUGGAAAAACAGCACGAAGAAGACAAGCAAGUCGCGCUGGAAAAACAACGUCAAGAGUACGAGAAGCAAUUUCAGCAGCUGCGGAACAUUUUGUCCCCGACGACCCCCUACGCGCCGUACGCCCCGUUCGAUCCGUUCCGUCUGGGAAAACUCCCGCCAAACACGCCAAACGCUCAACUGCGGGUGGAGAAAUGGGCUCAGGAAAGAGACGAGAUGUUCAAAAGAUCGUUGGGUCAACUGAAGACCGACAUCGUGCGAGCGAAUGCCCUGGUGCAGGAGGCAAACGUGCUCGCGGAGGAGAUGAAUAAACAGACCAAAUUCAGCGUGACGCUGCAGAUUCCUCCGGCCAAUCUCAGUCCCAACCGGAAGCGGGGUGCUUUCGUAAGCGAGCCUGCCAUCUUGGUACGCCGCAUGAACUCCGGAAGUCAAAUUUGGAGCAUGGAAAAGUUGGAGAACAAGUUGAUCGAUAUGCGCGAUAUGUACCAGGAGUACAAGGACAACAACUACACCGUGAUGGACGAGAACAAGAAUAAAUCCGAUCCGUUCUAUGAGUCCCAGGAGAAUCACAAUCUGAUUGGUGUGGCCAACAUUUUCCUGGAGGUAUUGUUCCACGAUGUUAAGCUGGAUUAUCACACCCCAAUUAUCAGCCAACAGGGGGAAGUGGCGGGUAGGUUGCAGGUUGAAAUUAGCCGUGUGGCCGGUCAGUUCCCGCAGGACCGCAUCAAUGAGUCCGCCUCGGAAAGUUCCCACGAUAGCCACGAGGAUGACGAUGAUACGCCCAGCAAUCAGGUGACCUGCCGGAUUAGCAUCAAGCAAGCAUCCGGUUUGCCCCUGUAUCUGUCGAAUUUCGUAUUUUGUCAAUAUUCGUUCUGGAAUCAUGAGGUAGCGGUGGUUCCGGCCACCAACCAAGAAGUGGCUGCACACAAUCAGAACAUUACAUUCCGAUUCGAUCACGAUGCGGAUUACAUUUUGACUGUGAACGAGGAAUUUCUGGAACACUGUACCGAUGGGGCGCUCUCGAUAGAGGUGUGGGGACAUCGGUCGGUAGGAUUUUCGCGCGCUAAAGAUUGGGAAGUGGAACAGCAGCAAGCGAAGGCUCGUUCGUUGGCGGACAGGUGGGCCGAGCUGUCCCGCAAGAUUGAGCUGUGGGUUGAAAUCCACGAACUCAACGAUAACGGCGAUUGGGCGCCGGUUGAUGUGCAGUGCUCGAAGGAUAUGUUGACCGGGGGCGUGUAUCAACUCCGGCAGGGUUUUCAGCGACGAAUUUUGGUUCGUGUCAAGCCUGUCCAGAACUCCGGAACGCUUCCAAUCAUUUGUCAAUCAAUCAUCAAUGUGUCGGUGGGAUGCGUGACGGUGCGUUCGAAGCUGCAGAAGCCAAUGGAUUCAUAUCAGGAAGAAGAUCUUACAGUUUUACGCGAUAAGUGGAGCGAAGCGCUCGGACGACGCCGUCAGUAUUUGGAUCAGCAGAUUCAGAAGCUAAUCAACAAGGACGAUAAGACAGAGCAGGAGAAGGAGCGGGAACAAAGUCUCGUGAACCAGUGGGUUUCACUGACGGAGGAACGAAACGCCGUUCUCGUACCUGCUCCUGGAUCUGGAAUUCCAGGAGCUCCCGCUUCAUGGGAUCCACCCUUCGGAAUGGAACCGCAUGUACCUGUCCUGUUUUUGGAUCUGAACGCCGAUGAUUUGACGACACAGAGUGUGAACGACGAAGUCCCAAUAGCGGGCAUUAAUUCGAUCUUGCCAAAGGAACACGGAAACAAGUUCUACAACCUUCAGAUGAUUCAACACCUCGAGAAAGACAUUUGCGCUGUUUGCAGUUGGGACUCGUCCAUUCACGACAGCCCUGCGCUGAAUCGAAUGACUGAACCCAACGAGAGGGUGUAUUUGAUCAUGAAAACGACUGUGCGAUUGUCCCACCCGGCGCCAAUGGAUCUGGUGCUGAGGAAACGUCUUGCUCUGAACAUCUACAAACGCCAAAGCUUCACCGACCGUCUCAAGAAGCUACGACUUGGUCGGACUGAAUCAAGUUCGCUUCAAUCGGGCGUUACCUACGAAGUGGUUUCGAACAUUCCUAAAGCGUCGGAGGAGUUGGAAGAUCGGGAGUCGUUGGCGCAAAUUGCAGCCACCGGUGAGGAUGUUUCUGCUAGCGAUGGCGAAACCUACAUUGAAAAAUAUACCAAAGGAGUGUCAGCUGUGGAGAGUAUUCUUACACUCGACCGUUUACGCCAAAGUGUGGCCGUUAAGGAAUUAGAGCAGGUCCGAGGACCGGCGUUGUCAAUGCGGAAGACGGCUAGCGUGCCAAACUUCUCCCAGAUGAGAUUCUUCGAUGCUUCGCUAGAAUCCCUGCUAAACAUUGGCCGAUCGGAGUCAUUCGCUGAUUUGAAAAUGGGAUUGAAUGCAGCACAAGGCACCCGAGAAACGACAACGAAUCGGCAAAAGUCGAAGACUGGUGGCAGCUCUAAUGGCGAUGAUUCCAGUAACUCUUCCUACGGCGUAGCUCGACCCACAUUCCUAAAUCUUAACAUAAACUUGAACUCCCUGCGAUUACAGCCAACUAAGCCAUCACCUGCGGCGAGUAAACUCGCCCAGCGAAUGACCACCCUGCACGAGGAACCCCUCAUCAAGCAGAUAUGCUACGAAGAGGAGGGUGAGGAUCGAUUCAGUGAACCCGAGUACGCAGACUACGACUUCUACGAACCAUCGAAGAAGCCCAAUCUGUCCAAGAUGAAGUCUUCGUACACGGUGGAAUCGUUCAUAGACAUCGACAAGCGGCCGCACCAGGAUUUGGGUGGCAAAUAUGGGUCUGCAGCAGCGGGGGCUGGGAAGAACAAAUUCCCCACCGGAGGGGGAAACACCGGUGGAAUGUUGAGAAGCCAAAAUAUUGCCGCCGGAACGCCCAGCAUGAGCUCGUCCACCUCGAGUGGAUACGGGUCCCAGGCCGUUUCCUGUAGUAAUCUGACGAAUGAUGAUACCUAUUCCAUCCGGUCGCUCAGCGUCGGGGAGACUCCCGAAACAAUGUCACCGUCCAACCAGAGAAACGACCACAUCCUUGCCAAUGCGGACAGCUUCAAUGCAAGCGUCAUCAGUACCGAAUUCCCGAAACGAGUCAAUCCCUUCCUCAAGGACAUCUCCAAUUUCGAUGAGCUCAACGGAAACCAGGAGAGCGACGAGGAUCAGAUUUACAAUAAUAACAACAACGAUAGCAACGACACGGAACAUAACGAACCAGCGGUAAUGUCCGAAUCCACGGAACUCAUCGAUCAUGAAAUGGAUGAAGGUAUCGACGAAGAGGAGCAACCGGUGGUGGAGCAGCAUAAUGCUGAAGAUAUUUCGCGAACGAGCAAUGUGGCGGUAGUGCAUCAUCAUGAUGACUCUGUUGAUCAAGAAAACAACAGCUCCAAGUUGCUGCAUGAUUCGGACGUCAUGGAGAGUAGCUUCUCUACGCCGAGCAAGCACGAGAACAUUCCAGAGUGGGCCGUGGUUGGCGAAUCUGUGCAGAUCCGACCGUACAACACGAGUGGUGUAAUAGCGUUCAUUGGUGGUACGCAUUUUCAGGGUGGAACCUGGAUUGGAGUGGAACUUGACACACCGACCGGCAAGAACGACGGCACCGUGCAAGGAAUACAGUACUUCAACUGUAAACCCAAACACGGAAUCUUUGUGCGGGCGGAUAAACUUAUUCUGGACAAACGCGGACGAGCGAUGCGCGAACUGAAGAGGGCAGAAAAGCUGAAGGCGGAAUUCGCUAGCUCCAAGGGCAAAGCGACCACCGGUGCGCGCAAAUGAUACGGGUUUAAUCGUGGUCUCAGCACUGCAAUGACGGCGAGCGGUUCCUGUUCGGCUGCCGCAAUGAUGAGACCGGCAUCAAGGAAAAGAUUCGUACCGAAGUCCGCCUCGGUGGCGGCUUUCGGUCGGAGCAAGUGAACAACUGCGACAGCACAGCAUGCAUAGAAGAAAAAAGAGCUAAGUAUGGUAGUUAAUCACUUCUCACUCAGUCGGAGCCGGAGGCUACUGCCGAAAAAAACAGAUUCAUCGUUCCAUCGUCCUAAAUAUGAUCCUCGAUAUAUAUAGUACCUUGUUUUUUUUUUGGUAAAUAAGUUCACUAGUGAUAUACACAUACUUUGGAUAGAGAAAAGAGAAGAAAAAAAACUCAAUGCGAAAAAACAAGCAAACAUAUAUUUCUGAGCAAUGGAAAGGAUAAUAAUUCUGUAUCAAGUUAUGUCUGUUAUUUAUAAGUUUACAACAUUGUGUGAAAAGUAUGCUUUUUCUUAAAAAAAACAAAAUUAGAAAAACUUAGGGAUAUAUUUUUUAAGUAAGGGGUUUGCAAGUGCAUUCUAGAUAGAAAAAAAAACGAAAAGCGCUAAAUGCAUAACGUCAGGAAAGCAAAUUUUACGAUCCAAGAGAUGAAAAAUCAAACUAGUUCUGUCCAAAUUUCACAACUAACACACACAAAUAACAACAACACAUAUAAUUAUGAUCAUCCUAGUGUAUAAAUGACCCCCAGAGAUAAAUCGUGGAAUUACGCGGGGGAAUCCAAGAACAAAUUAUAAACAGCCACGUUGUAGCCAAAAUCAGACGAAGAUGGAGAACUGCAAGUCAAGGUCCCGCGACGGUUGAGAUAAGCAUUGCAAAUAUUUAUAUUUAUACACACAUACACCCAUAUUUAAAGCCAAUAGCAUGUUAUAUAUAUAUAUAUAUGAUAAAUUUCUUCUAAAACCAUUUGCUACCAUUCCCACUUUUGAUCUCCUUUUCCUGUAUAUCUGCGAGAAUAGAAGGUCCGUCAGCAAUUUAAGAAAAAAAAAACAAACAGAAUGUAGAGUAGCGAGAGAGAUAUCAUCCAAACACAAGUAGGCAAGCUUAAACUAGCGAGGGUUAUAGUUAACCCUUAGAAAGGCAACAGAAAUCGAUUAUUCCUAGAAAAGAAGCUAUUCAUCGUAAUGAGAUGUGAAUUGUCGUCCACGCAGCGAGUGAUACAGAGACUAUCGGCGAGCUAAACGAAAGAAAGAAACGUUCAUUGAGUCCAUCCCUUUUACUUUUUUGAUUCUGGCUUUACGCCGUAAAUUUAGAUGAUGAGAAGAAGGAGCAAACAAAAAGCAUAUGUCAGCACUAAGAUGGCGAUUAAACAAAAACAAGCAAAAAUAUAUGAGGAACUAAAAUCUGACCUAAAUGUUAAGACACGCAAAAACACACACAUACACAUACACAUGAGCAAAAUAUAUCAUUAGUUUGUAGGGGUUGUAAAUUAUUUCAUCUGUAAUUCGGUAGGAAAAUGUUCUGAAAUUUUCGAGGUGUUUGUUUUUAUUCUACUGCAAAAAAAAAUAUCUGUAUGAGAAGGGAAAUUGAGUAGGGUAAAUGAUACAGACAGAAGAUGUAAUUGCAUGAAACAAAGAACGUCCAUUGUUUCAUUGAACAGUCCAACCAAAAAUUAUGAGGAACCAGUAAAAAGUAGUCUUCAUUUUUCCAAUAUUUUAAAGGCAAUAUACAUAACCUAGUGAUAUCAUGGAAUGGUUGAAAAACGCGCAACACAUUGAAUAUUAACUGUUGAGCAUCGAAUUAAAGGUAUUUUCUGGUAGUGAUAGAUAUAUCCAAUAGAUUCCGAGAGCAUCAAACUAAAGCGACGGCGCAACAUACGCACGAAUUCUGUGCACGCGAACUGGGCUUCAUUAUUGGUUCAGUAUUCAAGAUCAAAGGCGAAAAAUGAGCCGCCUGGUAUUUUGGAAUUUGUAGCGACAGUGAACUAAAAGGCACAAACGCGAGCUCAUCCUAAUGGGACAGAAUAGGUCAUGUGUUAUACCUUCUAAUAUUUUAUAUCAAAGUAUGCUUCGACGGCUACGCUGGCUUGCUUAGUCGUUGUUAGCGCGAAUCCGAAACCGAAAGUAAGAUAUUCGCGCACGACCAUCUCGAGUAGCCUACUUGGAUGCGCUUCGCUAGUAACGCGUUGCCGUAAGUAGAGUGCGCCACAUGAUGCUUUAGAGCCCUUUGUUUUGGGAGGGGAAUGGUCUCGCCUUUGUGCUGCGGGCGUUCACGGUGUUCACCACAAGCAAGCUUCGAAUAGACUAAAAUCGCAGAGAUAAUUCCAAGAAAUAGCAUUUUUUCGCUAACCCCCAGUAUUGAUCUUUCAUUACUUGUGUCUAACACCUAGGAGUAGCGCAGCGUUGGCGAGUUGAUUGUUGCAGACCCAUUAGGACAGGAGGCUAUAGCAGUAGGUAGAGUCAACGAACGAACGUGAUGAAUUAUAGAGGUUUUAAACAUUUCAAAUCAUUCGCCUCUAAUAGAGUCAACGCAGGAAGAUAGUGACAGGAUACGGACAGGAUAGAGUGCGUGAUAGGAUAGAUCAAUGUGUAACACUUUUUGCUGUGUCUGUCUCUUCGUGUCAAUUGUAAAUUAUGCCUCGCUAGAGGUCGUUUAAAUAUUUUUCCGCGUUCCACACUGUCACGAAUUGCUGUAGAAAUCCAAACUAGAAUAGUAUACACAAAGAGACGCCCACACACAAACCCAUUCUCACAGUCACACAGUAUUCGUGUAAGGGUAAACGUGCAAUACAGCGCUGCAAUGUUUGUUUUAUUUUUGUUUUGCAAGUGUUUCAUUCUUUUGCACCGACCGAAUCUUCCCUUUUUUGAGUACUUCAUAUCAAUCUGUUUCUAAGAAAGGAUAGCGUGAUACACAGUAAGCUUUGUAAAUAGGAAAAAAAAUACUUUAGGUUUUCAAACAGAUUUCGACUAAGAAAAAUGCAUAUUAUAUGUAACAUAAUUUGUGAUAGCCCUAUCCUAGCCCAUAUAUUCCAUCGACUUGAGUUUAGGGAAAGAAACCAGAUUUCUGAACGAGCUUCUAAAUGUUUAUUGCUUUCCAUCAUAUCAGUUGGUGCUUACUUCGUUACAAACUUGUUUAUUCCAAUUAUACAUUUGUUAGCAAUUGGUGUUUGUAAAAUAAGACAAAAUAACUGUUCACACUCACACCCAUACACACAUCCGCAACAUUCAUAUGCGCUCACCUCAAUUGCAGAUCACAACAUUGUGUAAAUUAACAGCUCUUUAUAAAUGUAAAAAAAAACAAGCAUCUUUAUAUAAGUUAAGCGAUAUUUUAGUUUGAUUCAAGAGUAAACCAAGCCUAGCCUAGCCCAAGGAUGCACAGAAAGAAAGAGGUCAAGCAAAAAGCAAAAGAUAAAUUCUAGUCAAUGAGAAACAAAAACGAAGGAGGACAGAGAAGCGAAGAACUGCGAAGGGGAUACAACGCAAAGUGAAGAAGGCAAACUGUGAACAGACUUACAAAUUCAUAAUGGAACAUAUAACAAACUCUAUGAAUCAAUAACUUUACACACAACAGAACAAAAAAAAAGAUUUAAGAAUCGAGAAAACGAUAUAAAUAUAUUAAUACUGCUUAUUCUGUAAUUAAAGCCAAAUAC